AUGCCAAAAUAUGACUCCCAGAAUAGUAGCCUUACUCCGAACUUUCAUGAACGAAGAAUAGACCAGGACGUUGUUUUCCUUGCGAACUAUCGAACGCCCAAGGUUGAAAACUAUGAAGCUGUUCUAGAAUUCGGUAUGCCCGGGAUUACUCCUAGACGAUAUCACUCUGAAAAUGAAACCGUAUCACCUUGGGGCAUUGAGAAGGAUUUUAUCUCCGAGUACAUUUUGUAUCAAUAUCUUGACUAUCCGAGUCCUAUGCUGGCCAAUAGAAGUGCUGUCGAUAAGUUCGGCGAAAGCCUUUUUGGUUCGAUGAACAUGGAACUUGACGAACCUAUCCCGGAUAUUGCAGAGAAGUACCAUCUCGAAAACCAUCUCGAAAACCACUCAGCUGGUGGAAACAAUUCUGCCAACACGAUGAAAGUUGCCGUUGGCGUAAAGUGUACUUCGGCCUCUGAUUUCGGGAUCGCGCACGUUGAUGGCACCUCUAACACGUUCACAAAUUUCAAACCUCUCGAUGUUAUUCCUGCUCCAGACAAUACAAUACUUGGGGCCCCAGCUUUCAGCCUUGGCGCAACGGGUGCUUUAAUGUUCAAAUUGACAGAAUACGACCGUCUUCUUGGAUCUAUAGGGCCACAAAACAUACUUUCGUCCGUGGAAUGUUCAGUGUACAUCGAUAGUGGCAGUAACCGCACGUUGAUAGCUCCCAGCUAUGUCCAGUCCCGGCAACUCAGGAACUCAAUUCUCCAAGCCCAUGCAGCGUAUGCGUUGGAAUUAGCGUACGAUGGAGUCGCAAAAUAUGAUAACCUGUCGCAGUAUAUCCGUUAUUCUAAUGACUCCUCGAAGGGUCCCAAUUCCGUAUACCAUUCCCGCAGUUUCUUCAAGCACGGAAAUUUAACCACUACGACGCCGGGGAAAGUUCUUACACGUGGCCCGUUGAAAAACGUAUGGGUUCCGUUAUACUUGCUGGUCCCCUGGGCCCUAGGGUCCAUGACGCUUGCUCUCAUCUACUCGCACAGGCCGAGAUGGUCCGAAACAUUUGAUGGGUACAGCCUCUUCCGCUUCGGGGCUGAUUUUGCGGACCAGGUGAAAGACCGGCCGGAAUUUCUGAGCACGGAGGACUACGAAACGUGUGGUGCUUUACGGGACCUCCCAGGAUUCAUUGGUGAUUCAAGACCAUUGUUCACACCAGGUCAUGUAUCGUUGGUCAAGAAUAGCAUGGCAGCGCCAGAUAAGUUAUAUAUGUGA